AUACAUGGGCCUCCAGCUAUAUACUCUCUCGUCAAAGUCAACUCCGGUCAAUACUAUUAACAUCUAGGUCUUCCACGAUAGAUUGCCCCCUCAAGACAGGGAACAUGUCAGAAGCCGAGUCGACACAACCGCCCACUGCUGCAGAGGUUCCUCAGGGAACGGAGGCACAGGCCCAAGCACCUCCUGCUCCUUCAACAGCCCCGGAGGCACCAGUGGCUCCAACAAACGCUCCUUCAGCACCUCCUCCAUCUUCAGCGCUAUCUGAAAAUGAACACACAGCACAGACUGAGUCGCCGGCUGCAUCUCAUGCCGCACCACAAGCCGCGCCUCAGAGCACGCCUCAGACAUUGCCGCAUACGUUGACUCCGCAGUCGAAUGGCUCAUAUUCAUACUCACAAUCGCCUGCUCCUCAGCCUCAACAGCCCCAGCAAAAUACCGAAAUUUAUCAUAGUACACCACCCGCUGGAACUGUUCCCCAGCAGCCCGCACCUAUGAACCUCCCCUCGAUCCACUCGGUGGACGGUCGGCAACAACAACUCCCACCACAACCGGCUCCUGCUCCUCAGACGACACAGGCGCCAAUCGGUUCUCCGCUGCCCUCGAGUAUGCCUCCCAUGCCACCCAUGGGCCAAUAUAUGCCGGGAUAUGCGCCGGGAAUGCCUCAGAUGGGCGUUCCGCCGAAUGCGCAGAUGAGAUACCAGAUCCCAGGCGAUCCCAGUAAAAUGCUUUCAGGUGCCCGUCAUAAGAAGGAAGUAAAGCGCAGGACAAAGACGGGCUGUCUGACCUGCAGGAAACGAAGAAUCAAGUGCGACGAGGGACAUCCGGUCUGUCGAAACUGCGUCAAAAGCAAGCGUGAAUGCUUGGGCUAUGAUCCCGUCUUCCGGCCUCAACCAGCGCCAUCUGCCAUCCAGCCGGCUCCGAACCCCCCUCCAUCUCUCGUCGUCGCUCCUCAGGAACCGCCACAAUAUCCUGGUGCACCACCUGGAUACGUUCCUGCUGUAACGCAGCCUUUUGCUCCUUCGCUUCAGUCAGAUUCGCCGACCCCGUCAUUGGAACAGCUCGACUACGGAUCAUCGACUGCUAUCGAUCCGGCACUGGAGAGCAAUACCAUGUCCGCCAUGGCAAACGUCCAACAUGCUAUGGAAGGCAGUCUGCAAGGGGCUGGAAACUCCUCUUCGGUCGGUGCUACUCCCAUUUCUGAUGGCUCCGCACUAAAAGCGAAACAAGUUAAGAUCACAGAUCUUCUCGCCCUCAGAGGUGUCCCGCCGCCGCCUCCCCAUCCCAUUGUCCCCAUUCAGCAAGCGCGUUUGGACGAGAUACAAGCAGUGUUCCUUGCCACAUACGCGCCAGCCAUCGACAAGUUCCUGGAAACGCGCUGGUUCCAGGACAAAGCCCUGUCUCAGUUGCUAACGAACGCCCAACUGAUGGCCGAGUAUUCUGCUCUCAUUGACGCGUUCAACGAUCGAAAUCUGGGUGAUCCAGCCGUGCUGUCAAGGGUGGAGAGUUUUGAGGCUUCCGUUGUCUGGCAGUCCAUGUGCCUGUGCCGCAACUUGGCUAACAGGAUGAACGGAAGUGCAUCGCAAGACCCGGAGCUGAUCACUGCUGCCAAGCGACUGGAUGUCUUCGAGGCACUGGUAACUGGGGAAUACCUGGACAUCAACCCCCUGGCACAGCCCAUAGUCCAACAGCCUCCACCCAAUACCUCCAGUCUCGCUCUACAGCUCCAUCAGAGAGCCGUUGAUUUCUGGGGCGCGGUCGGGCACUUCCUGACCUUGCAUGAUGACGAGGCCAGCUCCGCGAAGGAGAUCGACGACACCUUGGCGCGCUGCCGGACGCUUCUCGACACUUACGAGAAUCGGGACGUCAUUUACUCGAUUGCGAUUGCCCGCCAUCUUGGGCAGCGCUGGGCCGAUUUCCCUCGCAGUGUCCCACAACCGACGACUACAGAUGAGAAGGAUGCGGGCGCGAAGCUAUUCGUCGCGCAGAAAUUCUUGGAACAAGAGGCAGCCGGUAAAGGAACCACGCAGGUGAUCAAGCGGAUAUGUGGCAUGGUUGUCAGAUCUUGGACCGUCUCUCGUCAGUAACAGAGGGUUCCAACGUGAUGUCACCUUCGGCCUCCUUGUAAAAAUGGGUUUCACUUUUUCUGAUCAUUCACGGCGCUCAGCUGGCUGCUUUUU